AUGAAGGACCUUUUCCAGACUUACCGAGCUUGCUAUCUCAAAGCCAAGGCGUACGAGGCGUCUACGGGUGCAGGCAUCACGGCAGAAGAUGAAGCAGCUGGUGUGUACACGAUGGAUCAAAAGUUGGAGAGCAUGUGUCCUUGGUAUAGUAAGAUGGACAUUCUGUUCGGAGCUAAGGCUAACGUAGCUCCUUUGAGUACGUUUGACUCUACUAUCGAGGAACAUAAUGGCAAGGAAGCGCCGCUCAACAACGCAGACAACGCAGACAACUCGCUAGUGAGUAGCAACUGCUCUCCUCCACUACUAAGGGCAGCCCUGGAUAACUCGCUCGACCAAUUUCUAGUGUCGCCUCCUCUCGCCCAGACCGAGUUCCUUACCGAGUCCUCAUCGGAUGCAUCCCCAAUUUCAAUGACCCCCAACCUUCCUAUAUCAGCAACCGCAGACGAUGCAGUACAUGAAGAUCCUGGCGCUGCGCCCCAGACCACACGGAAACGAAAGGCUCACCAAGUACCUACAAACAACAGCAAGCGUCAGGCUCCCGUAUCCUCUAGAAAGCUCGAGCUACCAACACUUAACUCAUCGCCCCCGACAUCACCUGGAGCCGCGCCAAGGCACGCAAUAGCUGGUGCUAUUAAAAUAGUAGCAAAGGCAAAGUCAACGGGUAAGUACACUGCGACGUGUAAAUAUCUUAUUGAUUAG